CUACAGCCCCAAUGCCAGCGAAAUGCGUUCCAAUUUCUCUAUUGAACAAUACACCAUUGGUUUUUGACCUUUCACACGUUAAACAGCUUCGUGAAUUGGGUGUGUGUGGGGUGCUUGGAGGUACAUUGCCGACGGCCCCCCAGCAAAAUGUGUUUCUUGGGCUCCCCUUACAGCUUAUGGUGGAGGAUGCGAUGUGGUUGCUUGAACAGAAGCAUGCGUACUUGGUUCCCGGGCGAAGGCUCUACGACUGUCUCGCUGCCACGCUUCUGAGACAGGACAUCCUAGCUAUCCAGGCAGCGAAACAGGAGAUGACUGACGAGAAGACUCGGGAGAGGCAGGAGGCCAGUAGGAAGUUUAAAAUCAAGGUGGUUGAGCUAAAUACGCUUAAAAUAUCAAAGUCAGAGCUUUGCAACCGGAUCAAGCAGCUCGAGGCGGAGUAUCUCGGGGAGUUUAAGACCGAAGACCUUGACGAGAUCAUUCAGGACAACUCUGCGUUCUACUUCAACAACUACCAGAGUUUUGCGGAAUCGUUCAACACCCCAGAGAUGCAACACAGCCUCUAUUUACAGCUUCUUGCCAAUCGUGGCACCGACUUGGUGAGCAGCUAUCAGAUCUAUAGGCACCUCCGUGACCAAGGGUACUACCUUGCGCCGGGGCUUCGCUUCGGAGGUAAAUUCGUGGCAUAUCCGGGCGAUCCGUUGCGCUACCAUGCUCAUCUUAUUGUCGAUUCGGUGCAAAACUAUGCCGAGAGCGACAUCGGCAUGAUGAGCCUUGUCACCAACGGCCGUUUGGCCACUGGCGUAAAAAAGUGUUGGGUCAUUGGGGGGACCAAAAAUGCAGAGAAUAAGGCAAAGGGCGAGGCUGGAGACUUAAAAACUGUGGAGAGCAAUGCGACGGAGCAGGAUGUGGUUUGUUUCUCUGUUGAAUGGGCUGGGUUUGGUUAACAACUGGGCCGUGCCAAUGCGGAAAUGCACUGAGUGCUAUCUUUAUGACCAGUUUGUAUGUAUAUAUCAGGAAUAAACGUUAAUCU